AUGUUCGCCAAAAUCCUUGCCAUCGCUGUCUGCUUCUUCGGCUUAGCUCACGCCGGAGCUCUUUACAAUGGAGUAGCGAACUACGCCGGUUAUGGUGCAGACCUUUACAACGGCUACGGAUAUGCUGGAUACGCCCCUGCUUCCUACGCAUAUUCUAAGGUAUUGCCCGUCACUGGCGACUAUGAUGGGUACAAUGGAGCCUAUGCCGGUUAUGGUGGAUACGGCUACCGCAGUUAUGCCAAUGGUCUUUAUGGCGGACAAGGCUACGGAUGGUAA